UCCCUGGGCCCCAGCCUUGACGAGCGGCAGCGGCAGAGCUGUCGCGUCGAGCCAGGCCUAGGCCUAGGCCGGUGGGUGGGUGGCGAGCUCGGCCAGGGCCCCGGCUGCGGCGGUGCUGCUGCUGCUGGGAAAGGGAGCUCCAUCUUGGCCGGAGCGGGCGAAUUCUCCCCAGCGCUUCGUCAAGGAGUUAAGCCUUCCUUACCCGUAAUCAGUCGCCGCCAUGAACGCCGAAGACGAGAUCAUACGCAUCGCGAAGAAAAUGGACAAAAUGGUGCAGAAGAAAAACGCGGUUCAAGUUGGCAGAGGUAAUGUUGCACAUAUGGAAUAUUCAAAAAUCAAGAGCAGUUGAGUAAGAUUAGAGAAGAAAAGGCUGGGGCUCUUGACUUACUGAAAGAACUCAAAAAUAUGCCCAUGACUCUGGAAUUAUUACAGUCUACAAGAAUCGGAAUGUCAGUGAAUGCAAUACGCAAACAAAGCACAGAUGAAGAAGUUACAUCUUUAGCAAAAUCUCUCAUUAAAUCAUGGAAGAAGUUAUUAGAUGGACCAUCAAAUGAUAAAGACUCUGAAGAUAAGAAAAAAGAAGCAGCAUCUUCAUCACAGAACAGCCCAGAAGCAAGGGAAGAAAGCAGUUCCAGUAGCAAUUCAAGCAACAGGAAAGAAGAAAGUAAUACAGGCUCAGAUUCAUUUAUUUCUUCUUUUCCUCGGGCUCCAAUCACAUCUGAUUCUGUACGAAUGAAAUGCAGAGAAAUGUUGGCAGCAGCUCUCAAAACAGGAGAUGAUUACAUUGCUAUUGGUGCUGAUGAGGAAGAGCUGGGAUCUCAGAUUGAAGAAGCUAUAUUUCAGGAGCUAAAAAACACUGACAUGAAAUAUAAAAAUAGGGUGCGCAGCAGGAUAGCAAACCUUAAGGACACAAAGAAUCCUAAUCUGAGGAAAAAUGUUUUAUGUGGAAAUAUAGCUCCUGACAGGUUUGCAAAAAUGACAGCAGAGGAGAUGGCAAGUGAUGAACUGAAAGAGAUGAGAAAAAAUCUUACCAAAGAAGCUAUAAGAGAACAUCAAAUGGCUAAAACAGGAGGAACCCAAACCGAUCUGUUUUCGUGUGGCAAAUGUAAAAAGAAGAAUUGUACUUACACCCAGGUUCAGACUCGAAGUGCUGAUGAACCUAUGACAACGUUUGUUGUAUGUAAUGAAUGUGGAAACAGAUGGAAGUUCUGCUAGAAGAAGAAAUUGUUUAAACCUGGACCAGUAUGAAAGACGAUUUUAUAAUUAGCUUUAAGAACUAGGCCAUGCAUCUAGCUUCCUGCAAAAGCCUUUUUUUUUUCUUUCUUUUUUUUGCUUUCCCUUUUAACCAAACACCUUUGAAGUUAGAUUCUGUUUUUGGCACAUCAGUCCCAGUAGUUAAUAGUCAGUAGAGCCAGGAUGCUCAUGUAUGGUGUAAUUUCUUCCUUUUCUUUUCUCCCUCAACACCCAUUUUUAUAAGCAAGUCUACAUUAAACUUUUAUCAAUGAUAUUUGGGUAACUGCUUUUUUCUUAAUGUUGUGAGCAGAGUGUUGUCUAUCUUUUUCCAUUUGGCAUACCCACUGAAAUGUUUUCUUAUAGAACAGAAUUCACAAUUCAAAAAUAUAUUCCUUUUUAACCAUUUUGGUGUGUGAGAGCCAAUUGUUUUGAAUUACACUAAUGUAAGAAACUACAUUAUAUGUGGGUGACCCAUUUGUAUAAACCUUUUCUGCAUUCGCCUUUUAGAGCUUUCAGAGAUCCAAUGCUUUAUAAUAUGCGUGGCCUCCUGUUAAAUUACAUUUGAAACAUGCUUUACUCAACUCAAAUGGCAGAUCUAUUGUGCAGCCUUAAAGCAUGGUAGGAAUAUUUUGUCCUUAUUUCUAGAGACAUUCCUAAAUGGUUGGUUUGAUCUUAAUGUUUUUUUCUCUUUUAUAUUCUAGAUUCCCUAAUUCACUGUAUAUUCUGCAAAUUGAUUAUGCUAUUCUGUUGUGUGCUGCCUAGCUUGGAGGUUUAAAUUUAAUAAUUGCUAUAUAUCUCAGUUCAUAUGAACUCUUUUAAUACAUUUUUUACAUGUAAAACCACUGCUUCCUGGACCCCAGAGGUCAGAAAUAAAAUUGUGUUUUUUUCAC